AACUGACACGGUCACUGAUUUGACUUUUCUUUCUGAGAAGGUAAAUGAUUCCCUUGGUUGUUCCGACUCACUGACUGUACUCUUGAUGACAUGUCAGCAGCACACUUGGAGAGGGAACAAGCCGUGCGCUUGAAAAAUUAAAAAAUAAUCAUAAAUCAAGAAAAAAAAGCGUAUUUUCUUUCGUUUGAGCAACACGCCCUGCGGUGUCGCCAAUUUUCUGGCACCUUUGUUGCCUUUCUGCCCUCAGGAGGGAACUUUGACCUGCCGUCUCGGAACGAUCGGGCUCAACAUGAUGCAUGUAAAACGUGAAGGCAAGCGUGGCGAAAGACCUGAAGGAGCCUCACAGCUCCAAAGGGCAGCGAAGUAGGCGUGCACACGUGUGCGCCAUCCACAAUUUCCCGUACCGUCGUCCUUCAUGUCCCAGGCCAGCCCGCCACCCAUUCUUUCUGUUGCGCCCACGCGAGCCCUGAUGGACGAGGCCAUCAGGGUGCGGGUGGACAAUCUGCCUCCCGGAGCUCCGGUGACCCUGCGCUGUCUGCAUCACUCGGAAGACAAAGAUUACUGGGAGGCAUAUGGGCACUACAUCAGCGAUCCCACAGGAGCCGUGUCCGUUGCAGACGAUGUGAGCGUAGGAGGAACUUACCGUGGAAAAGAAAUCAUGGGUUUGCUGUGGAGCAUGCGGCCUGUACCUGGGAGCCGCACGGGCCUCAGGCUGCGGAAGCGUAACGUAUGCACCCCCAUGCUCUUCACCAUCUCCGUGUACGGCGGCCACGUCAGCCACGACUUCAGCAGCCGACGCCCUCUGGCCGAGGAGCUCACCGAGAGGUGGUACAUGGCCCCGGGGGUCCGUAGGUUGGAGCUGAAAGACCGAGGCGUACGAGGGACCCUCUUCAUCCCGUCAGGUCCGGGACCCUUCCCGGGACUGCUGGACAUGUGGGGGGGCGGCGGGGGCCUGCUGGAGUACCGCUCGGCCUUGCUGGCGUCGCACGGUUACGUUUCCUUGGCGCUCGAGUAUUUUGCACCCGGCGAGCUGGCGAGCACCGAUUUGGAGCUCAAAUACUUUGAGGCGGCCUUUGAGCUGAUCAAACAGCAUCCCGCCGUCGUUGCCGACAAAGUGGGAAUUUUUGGCCUUUCCUUGGGCGGCAUCGUGGCCAUCCACAUGACGGCCGAGAGCACCGUUGUCAAGCCUGCCUGUUGCAUUUGCAUCAGUGGCAGCCAUCUUUACCUACGCAACCAACCCCUGUGGAAUAUCCAUCAGCCGAUGUUGGAGAGCGGUCGCAAGGUGCACAUGGACGAGGAGCAGAAUGUGAUCUGGCGAGACAUCAGCCUGCCCAUCUCCAGCGACCUGUCCCGAAAAACGGACGUAAGGAGAAUAAACUGUCCUCUCUUGUUGGUCAUCGGCCAGGACGACCAGAAUCAUCCGGCUGCGCAGUAUGCCGAGGAUAUGGAGCGGAUGAUGCGUUCGGUGGGCAAGGAGCACCUGCUGACCCGUCUGGAGUACCCCGACGCGGGACACCUGAUCGAGCCGCCCUACUCGCCUCACUUCCGAGCCACCAACUUCAUGUGGGACUACAAGAAGGCCAAAGUCACCAUGCUGUGGGGAGGUCAGACCAAAUGCCACUCGGACGCCCAGGAGGACUCGUGGAAGAAGAUGUUGGCCUUUCUGCGCCAGCAUCUCUACUCGCCGCACCUUCCAAAAGCCAGGAUGUGAACUCCCGAGUGGCGCCGUUUCCUCUCCCGUAUGGACACGCGCUUGUCGUGCUUGAACACCCCGCUGCCCCGACGAGGUACGCCUUAACGCAACUCAUGGAAGCAUUAGCGCCAUGCGCUAUUUUUGCCGCAAACUUGACAAUAACAUUGCAGCCGUCGCAGUUUUCAGCAGUAACAUUGUUCUCGAUUGAGGCUCGCUUCUUGAGACCAAAAUGCCGUAGGGGAGAACCUUACCAAAGCAAAACGUUUGAUCAGUUUCCCCAAAAAAUAAAUGUCCUCGUAAAUGCCGCAUAUUUGUGGUGUCACUGGACGUCAUUGAUCCCGAUAAUGCAUUUGAUUGAUUAUAUUUGAAGUGCUCUAUUUGGAUAUUUGAUCACAUGAACACUUAAGUCUUGAGUCCUCAAUGGAGUUCGCGCCUUGACAAGAAGUUUUUAAGAUGCUGUCAUUCAAACACUGAGAAUGUACACCAAAGAGACUUUGCGGUUGUUCGAGUCCUAAUGUCGGUGUUGUGGUCAGAAUUCACUGUCGCAAAAAUAAAGCAACUUCCAGUUCA